UUGUGUAGAAGAAAAGAAUUACUACUUUUCAAGCAUUUUUUUCUAUAACCCCUACUCGUUUGAAGUGAAAGAAGUGGCUCUUCUUUGGAUGGAUGCUGUAAUAGAGACUCUAUAGAAAAGUUACUAACAAAUUUGUCAUUAGUGAAAAAGAAGUAAUGGGUUGCUCUGACAUAAGAACGAGUCGUUUAUUUGGUAUGGGAUGAUUAAACUUAUGAAUGGUUGGUGAGAGAGAGGUUUUCGGGUGCAGAUUUCCAAAGCUCUGAAAGAAUUGAUGAAAGUUUUCAAAUCACCACUGUCUUCUUUGGUCUUUCUAGUGUUUUUCCUUAAUUUUUUCCUAAUUUGUUUCACUCCCUCCCAUGAUUAUCAAGUGAUUCAUAUCCACUCAGAUUCUCCUUUCAAUCUUUCUAGUAUCAGAGGCAAAACUUCUCCCCAAGAACUUUUAUCCACCGCCAAUGAAACCCACAACAAUACAGAUCUUACACGGAUAAAGUUUGGCCAUGGCAUGAAGAAGAAUGUGACAAAUUUGGAGAGGAUCGAAGAAGGUUUAGCUCGUUCGCGAGCAUUUAUCCAGAAAGCAAUUCGGUACAAGAACCACACUUCCUUCCUCAAAGAGAGUUUUGUCUCAAAAUCCUCCAUUUACCGAAAUCCACACGCUUUCCACCAGUUAAGCAUGACCCAUUCUGAAUCUGUCUUUUUUAGGAGCCACGUGGAGAUGAUGAAGAGAUUGAAGGUUUGGGUGUACGAGGAAGGAGAGCAGCCAUUGGUGCAUGAUGGGCCUGUAAACAACAAAUACUCGAUUGAAGGCCAGUUCAUCGAUGAAAUGGACAUGGCUAACAAGAGCCCCUUCAAGGCCCAUAACCCAGAACAGGCCCAUCUCUUCUUACUUCCCUUCAGCGUAUCCAAGGUCAUUCGCUACGUUUACAAGCCCAGAAGGUCCAGAUCCGAUUACGAUCCUCCACGCUUACAACGCUUGGUGGAGGAUUACAUCAACGUUGUUGCAAAUAAAUAUCCUUAUUGGAACAGAAGCAAAGGCGCCGACCAUUUUCUUGUUUCAUGCCAUGAUUGGGGUCCAAAAGUGUCAUAUGCGAAUCCUGAACUCUUCAAAUACUUCAUCAGAGUACUGUGCAAUGCCAACACUUCGGAAGGGUUUGAAGCCAACAGAGAUGUCUCCAUUCCGGAAGUGUAUUUACCUGUUGGAAAGCUUGGUCCACCUAAUAUGGGGCAGCAUCUGAGUAAUCGUCCAAUAUUAGCUUUUUUUGCCGGUGGCGCCCAUGGUAAGAUUCGAAAAACACUGCUAAAGCGAUGGAAGAACAGGGAUAGAGAAGUUGAGGUUCACGAAUACCUUGGAAAGGGUGAAGAUUACACAAAGUUGAUGGGUCUGAGCAAGUUUUGUCUUUGCCCCAGUGGGCAUGAAGUGGCGAGUCCUAGGGUUGUGGAAGCGAUCUAUGCAGGGUGUGUCCCAGUAAUAAUCUGUGACAAUUACUCUUUGCCUUUCAGUGAUGUGCUUGAUUGGAGUGAGUUCUCGUUAGAAAUUGCAGUUGAGAGAAUAGCAGAGAUUAAGGUUAUUUUGCAGAAUGUUUCGAGAGAUAAGUAUAGAAAGUUGUAUUACAAUGUGAGGAGCGUUGGAAGGCAUUUUGUGAUAAACAGGCCUGCCAAACCCUUUGAUUUGAUACAUAUGAUACUCCACUCUCUUUGGCUCAGAAGGCUAAAUUUCCAACUAACACCUUCCUAAUAAGACCACAUUCGCUUCUAUUUCAUUCAUAUUUGUAUGUACUUUUGUUUAUAUGUUACUGGAUAAUUUUAUUUGUACA